AUGACGAGGAGUUGGCUUUUUGUCGUUGUUCUCCUGACUUCUGUGCAGGCGUCACCGCCGAUGUGUCACUGCCCGAAUGGACAAGUUGGAAUGCAAUGUCCUUCCCCAAUCAAUUUCAACUGUCCUCCACAGGCUCCAUGUCCUGCUGCUCAACCAUGUAACAUGUUUGGUGGACUCCCAACUCUGCCAACAUUAGCACCACAACAAUUCCAAACUCUCGCUCCAUUCACUUUGGCUCCACUUCCAGGGUCUCCACCUGGCGUCACAGGAGCCCCACUUCUGCCACCAGCAGUCGCUCCACCAACUAAUGGACAAGAGACUUUGGUUGGAAUCAACAAUCCAGUUCAACCACCACCACCGGUGCAGUACAAUCAAGGACCACAAUAUGUGGAAGCUCCACCUCCACCACCUCCACCACCGCCACCGCCACCGCCGCCACCACCACCACAGCAACAGAUUCCAGUCCAAGAUGCCACUACUCUCCGUCCAGCAACUCUUCCAAGUGAAACAUACGUCGAACUCGAGAAUCCAGAGGCGAUCGUUAACGAGAACCCAGCACCAGUCCAAAAGAAUCCAGAGGAAGCAAGAAAUGAUCAAGAGAGGGUUACUGAUGAGCCACCACCACCAAUUCUACAGAACAAGGUUGAGAAAGUUUUUGAGUCCGAGCCAAACAAUGGAUAUCGUCAACCAGUCCGCCGUCAAGCUCCUCCACUCAAUGACAAAUGCAAUGAUGAUCGUCUUCGUAGAAUCAUUGAAUCCAACGUUGAUGAUAAUCCUUCAACAUCGAAAAGAAAGAUCCAGAAGGCCGCUGCCGAAGAAAUUGGUGGACUCUUCGACGUCAUCUGUUCUGCACACGACUUCUCUUAUCUUGCAAACACUCAAUUGUUCUGUGAAUCUGGAAAUGAUGAUGUCACUUGCUUCGCUUUCCUUCACUCCCUUAUCCAGUGA